AUGGCUCCUCAGACAUGCAAGCAAUGGACCGUCGAAGGCACUGGCGGUUUUGACAACCUCAAGUUCCACAAGGACGCACCUGUGCCAAAGGUUGGAGACAAGGACGUGCUGGUCAAACUCUAUGCUACAUCUCUCAAUUACCGGGACCUCAUUAUCCCCAAGGGCCAGUAUUCGUUCGCUCAGAACGAUGGUGUCGUACCCUGCUCCGACGGCGCCGGCACAGUCGAAGCAGUUGGCGAGAAAGUGACCCGCUUCAAGGUUGGCGACAAAGUAGCCACCCUCUUCAACCAAGGCCACAUUGCUGGAUCCUUGGACGCGCAUUCGGUAGCCACCGGUCUCGGCGGAGCCAUCGACGGCUGCUUGAGAGAAUACGGCACGUUCGACGAGCAGGGCCUGGUACACAUGCCCAGCAACCUAGAUUUCCUCGGCGCAAGCACACUCACUUGCGCGGGACUGACGGCAUGGAACGCGCUCUAUGGCCUCAAGAGCGUCGCGUUGAAGCAGGGUGAUACCGUGCUUACGCAGGGAACUGGCGGCGUCAGCAUUUUCGCGGUUCAGUUCGCCAAGUCGGCUGGCGCCACCGUCAUCGCGACUACCUCGUCACAGGAGAAAGCGGACCAGCUGAAGAAGCUCGGCGCAGACCAUGUUAUCAACUACAAGGAGAAUCCGAAUUGGGGCGAGACGGCCAAGAGCCUGACACCCGGCAAGGAGGGUGUGACCCACAUCAUCGAGGUUGGCGGACCGAACACCUUAAAACAGUCCCUUAAGGCCGUCAAGAUCGACGGCGUCAUUUCCAUCAUCGGCUUCUUGGGUGGCGCGAAGGGCGAUGAGCCGAGCUAUCUUGACUGCCUUACCAAUAUCUGCACCGUUCGUGGCCUCCUCGUCGGGUCGCGCCUGCAGUUCGAGGAAAUGAACCGCGCCAUUGAGGCGAACGACAUCAAGCCGGUGGUCGACCAGAAGGUGUUCACGAUUGACGAGGCGAAGGAUGCGUAUCAGUACAUGUGGGAUCAGAAGCACUUUGGGAAACUGUGCAUCAAGAUCCAGUAG